UGCCCGCUCCUGUGGGUGUGGUUUCUGACAGCUGGCUUGGAGCUGCUUUGUCCCAGUCACCAGGAACUGGUCAUUUCUACCCUGGCUCCGAGCUCGAGGGUUCCUCUUGGCCAGCUAUCUUCCCAGCUCCUCGAACAUGGCUCUCAGGGAGAGACUCAGGACCUGGAAGAGAAUCUUUUGUUGGCUGAUCCUCCUUGCGCUGGGCCUCCUAGGGCUGCUCCAGUAUGGGCUCCCCAUAGUCAGGCAUCUGGAAGCCCUCAUCCCCAUGGGCGUCUGCCCUUCUGCCAGAAUGGUCCUGCUGAGAGACAACUUCACGGGUCUCCUGAAUCCCUGGGCCCGGCCUGAUGUCCUGACCUGUACCUCCUGGGGGGCCCCCAUUAUUUGGGAUGGCACCUUCGACCCAGCUGCAGCCCAGCAAAAGGCUCUACAGCAGAAUCUCACCAUUGGUCUGACUGUCUUUGCUGUAGGCAGCUGCGGUUGGAGGACUGCGCAGUGGAGCGGGGGCCGGCGCCGGGAGCCGGAUCCCGGUGGGCGCCGCGCUCAGCCUGACCGGCCCCGCCCGUCCGGCAGGUACCUGGAGAAGUACCUGGCGCGCUUCCUGGAGACGGCCGAGCGGCACUUCAUGCUGGGCCAGCGCGUGGUGUACUACGUGUUCACCGAGCGCCCGGCCGCCGUGCCCCGCGUGGCGCUGGCGCCCGGCCGCCGGCUGCGCGUGGUGCGCGUGGCCCGCGAGCGGCGCUGGCAGGACGUGUCCAUGCAGCGUAUGCACACGCUGCACGAGGCGCUGGGCGGGCAGCUGGGCCGCGAGGCGCACUUCGUGCUCUGCAUGGACGUGGACCAGCACUUCCGCGGCGCCUUCGGGCCCGAAGUGCUGGCCGAGUCGGUGGCGCAGCUGCACGCCUGGCACUACCACUGGCCGCGGCGGCUGCUGCCCUACGAGCGCGACGCGCGCUCCGCCGCCGCGCUGGCGCCGGGAGACGGCGACUUCUACUACCACGCGGCGGUGUUCGGAGGCAGCGUGGCGGCGCUGCGCGCACUGACGGCACACUGCGCGCGGGGCCUGCAGCGGGACCGCGAGCGCGGCCUGGAGGCGCGCUGGCACGACGAGAGCCACCUCAACAAGUUCUUCUGGCUGCACAAGCCCGCCAAGGUGCUGUCGCCCGAGUUCUGCUGGAGCCCCGAGAUCGGCCGCCGGGCCGAGAUCCGCCGACCGCGCCUGCUCUGGGCGCCCAAGGAGUACUCCGUGCUGCGCGACUAGGCCCCGCCGGGCCAGAAAGGGGGUCCCGGAAGCCGUGCGGGCGCCCCGGAGGGCGGCGAGAGCUUGGACGCAAACAGCCCUGCCCGCUCCGGCCAGGGGCGCGGCAGUGGGAUCGUGGCCUUUGGGGAGUUUCUCGCUGGGAGGGAAAGAUCCCCUUUCCCCCACUUUCUACAGGGACGGACGACGACAGCGGCAGCGAAGCACGACGACGGGGCAGCAGCGCCUUGGCCAGGCUGCCUCUACACCUUUCACCUCUGACCUUACUGGAUUCGGCUGAUGCCUCCAGGAGAGCUCUUUUAGCCCGUCACCCACCGCCAUCCCCAACCCCCUUUUUGAUAAGGAGACUGAGACACGAAAAGGGAACAAAGCUGCCUGAGGACACAGAGAAUCCGUGAGUCAGUCUGGGCAGCAGCUGCACAGCCAGCCCUGGCUCUCGCUCUGAAAAGACAAUAGCUUCUGGGCCAAAAGGAGAAAGCUUCCGCUGCAGGAGAAAUGUGGUGGCAUCUGAGUUCUUGGCUUUGCCCUUCCACCUCCCCUGCCCUCAAGCACAGUUUGUACAUAUUUAAGUAAUAUUGUAAUAAAUUUAUUCCAAGUGUCUUUAUGGCCCUCUCUCCUGGGCACUGUCCACAAAAAGGGCAUUUCCUUGAUGCAGGGCCAAUAGGGCUAUCUGACGAGUAAGUUUCCUUACCCAGGACCGCUAUCCAGAGUCUUCAUCCUCAGUGGGGGAGAAACACAGGCUCUGAACAGGAGGUGAAAUCAUUAGGCCCUCCAGAAACGGCGGUCACAAUGCCAAGGAGACAGGGAAGGCAGCAGUUGGGAAAACUGAGGCCCUAGGAGGGUGGGAUUUCAUCCCAGGUCCCCUGAAUC